ACUGCCACAGUGUAUAAUUUAAGUCGCAUAUAGAACAUCCGUGUGAACAUGCACAAUUACACUUGGAUAGUUUUUAAUUCUGAAGUUAUUCCAUAUAUGGUAUUAGGAACACCCAGAUAAACAUCCAUAUGCUCUUGAUCACUAUAAACCAAUCGGAUCACACUGCUGAACUACCCACUUAUCCGGUAACACCAAUGACAUAAUGAGCUUGUUCAUAGAAUAGCACAUGUCUGCACGUGCAGGCCGAUUGUAGUUUUGCGAUGCCAGAUAUAAUUUUAUGUUUCUUUGUUCAUCUAAUUUCCAAAAGUUAACAAUAAAAAUGUAUAUAUUUUAAUUGUUUUAUCUUGAAUUUGUAUUUUGAAAAGUGACGCUUUCUGUAGAAUGACCAAUAAACGUAUAUGUACUCCCUACCUCCAGUAAAGGUUAUGACACCCCCCCAGCCCCGCCCCGAACGUGUAUAAACAAGAACUUGUUGAAAUGAUCAAGAUGGGUGUGAAAAGAUAAUGAUGAUGAGUACCAGAUAAACAUUUCAGAAAGUAUUGCACAAUUUUGUUUUUCGUUUCAAGUUUAAUUAAUUUCUAAGCUGAUAACAUGAAUUCACAAGUGCCUUGAAAAGAACUAUUAGGUAUAAAAUCUAACCAGCCAUUAAACGUAGCUAUUAUCUUCAGGAUGUAUUAGUUGAUUAUAAACACACACCAGACACACAUCAGUAUUUCUUACCAUUCAAAGAAUAAAAACAUUUACAGAAAAUACAGUGUUAGUUGUGUUAUAAGGAAAUAUGAAAAUUCUGGGCAUGUUGUUCAAGUCUUAGUUUUUGUUUUAUUUAUCUAGUUACUGGUUCUGUUUCAGUACUUCUCGUGACAAUGUUCAUCCCUGACUGGUGUCCGAGAGGCUUCUAACGAAACAAGACAUUGUGGAAUCAAUCACAACUACGAAGGUGCACUGUCAAAAACGCAGCAUGUCAAACAGUGUUGAUAGAUGUGUGGAACGCGAGGUCUCGUCAAAACAUUGUGAAAACAACCCUGAUCAUUCUUCUGAGAAACCUUUCCAAUGUGGGAUGUGCUUAAAGUGUUUCUCUUACAAGUGUCACAUUAAGCAGCAUAUGAGGAUCCACACUGAUGAAAAACCAUAUCAGUGUGAGGUGUGCAGAAAGUGUUUUCAUCAUAAUAUUUCCUUGAAAUACCAUAUGUCCAUUCACACUGGUGUUAGGUCUUUCAAAUGUGCAGACUGUGGAAAAUGUUUCUAUAACAGUUCUGGGUUAAAACGACAUAUGUUGGUUCACACUGGUGUUAAGUCUUUUAAUUGUGAGGUAUGUGCAAAAUGUUUCUAUAACAGUUCUGGUUUAAAACGACAUAUGUUGGUUCACAAUGGUGUUAAGUCUUUUAAUUGUGAGGUAUGUGCAAAAUGUUUCUAUAACAGUUCUGUUUUAAAACGACAUAUGUUGGUUCACACUGGUCUUAAGUCUUUUAAUUGUGAGAUAUGUGCAAAAUGUUUCUCACAGAAUUCUUCCUUGAAAAAGCAUUUGCUGAUCCACAACAGAGUUACAUCUUUUAAAUGUGAAGUAUGUGCAAAAUGUUUCUCACAAAAUUAUCAAUUAAAACGGCAUAUGUUGAUUUAUACUGGUGUCAAACAUUUGAAAUGUGAGGUUUGUGCAAAAUGUUUCCCUUACGAUUCCAUCUUGAAAAGGCAUAUGUUGGUUCACACUGGCGUGAAGGUUUUUAAAUGUGAGGUAUGUGAAAAAUCUUUCUCACAAAAUUCUCACUUCAAAACACAUAUGUUGGUUCACACUGGUGUUCAGCCCUUUAAGUGUGAGAUGUGUGCAAAACGUUUCUCACUAAAUUCUUCCUUGAAAAGACAUUUGUUGAUUCACACUGGCGUUAAGCCUUUUACGUGAGGCAUGUGCAUAAUGCUUGUCUUGUAACUUGUUCUUGAACGACCUUAUACCAGUUCAUACUGGUGUGAAGCCUUUUAGUUGUGGGUUGUGUGAAGUUGUUUUCUCUCAGAACAAAGACUGGUGUGUUAACCUGUUUAGUUGUGGAGUGUGUUAAAAGCGUUUCUCACAGAAGUCCCACAUGAAACAGAAUAUGUGGAUUCACACUGAUGUCAAAUGUUUCAAAUGUGAGGUUUGUGCAAAACGUUUCAAACUAAUUUGCCACUUGCAACAACAUACGCUAGUUCACAUUGAUGUUAAGUCGUUUAGUUGUGACGUAUGUGAAAAGUCGGUCUAACAGAGGUCACACUUGAAACAUCAUAUGUUCGUUCACACUGGUACCAAGUCUUUCAAAUGUGACGUUUGUGAAACAUCAUAUGUUCGUUCACACUGGUACCAAGUCUUUCAAAUGUGACGUUUGGGAAACAUCUUUAUCACAAAAAUCGCAUUUGAAAUCAUAUAUUGAUUCACAUUGGUGUUAAACCUUUCAACAGACCUAGACGUGGCGAACAUAACUUAAAUGCCUCCUCUAAAUUGGAUAGUUUUUUGGGUUGUUUCUUUUUUAAACGCCACACAAAUUUUGUGACACCCAAUAGCCGAUGUGUAUUUUUGUGCUGGGGUGUCGUUAGACAUUCAUUCAUUCAUUCAUUCAUUCAUUCCACAAGCAUUUAACACAGAGACGAAGUUGCUGGUUUGGGUUUUUUUUUUGUUACAUUACAAACAUGGAUGAUGACAUAAAUGCUGAUGCCGCAAUAUUUCCAUUUCGAUAUGGGACUACUUGACAGAUCCGUGCUUCACACAUGCUCUCAGUUAGUUAUCAAGGUAUCACACUAGUCCGGGGUACACGGAACCUACAGUGCAUGCCGGGUAAUCAUCCCCCAUGUGGGGCAUACACUUGGGAGAUACACCCAUAAUCACACUCGUGAAGUGGGUGAAACUCGGUGCAUGUGCCUUACACCUACCCAUUGAGUCAAGUGUUGCACUCAUUCUGGGUUGAACCUGGUAUUGGUAUGAAAAAUCCCCCAUUGCCUCAGGUGGGAAACGAACUCAGUACCUACCAGCCUGAAGUCCAAUGACAUAACCACUACACCAGUGAAAUUAUGAGGAGACAUUUCAUAUAUUAAUUUACAAUAAUGAUACAAUAUAAAUUUAACUUCUUAGGGUAGCUAAAAGUUACUCUCUUUGAACUAGAAUCAGGUUUGUAAAUGGGCGUCACACAAUUCUAAAAAAGGACAGGUUUGGGUUUGAUGAUGGCAAAUGAUCCGAGUUCAAAAUAGAGAAGCGUUUUCAUGGUAAUAUAAUUGUCGAUGUUGAAUAAAUAUAUACCUGCAGAGAAAUUGUGUGGGACCUGGUAUGGAACAUGCAUUGUUUUAGCAGUACUCUCAAAAUGCUUGUUUACUUCAUGUUCAUCUGAUUAUAGGUGACGGAUAAACCUUUUUGCGUUUCGUUGUUAACUGUUGAAUAAAAUAUUUU